AUGGCACCAAUUGACCGGUGUCUGGCCUCUGUGGCCAGGCUGACGCUCGCACAUCCAUCAAUACGACCGGCCGUGCCUCUGAUACCCCGGUUCCUCGCACCGGCGCUGGUUCAGUCCCGACAAGCUUCCGUGGUACGGACGAAGAAGACGACGAAGAAGAAGGCCGUUCCCAAGGACUUUAAGCGACACAACUUGGAGAAGAGAGAAUUUCCCCAAUACGCACUAUGUGAUGCUAUGCGAGUUCUACGAGCUGUGGAAGUCGGCCAGCCUCCCGCUGCGAUCAAGUACGAGAUUCACAUCAACCUAAAGACUGCCAGAAACGGCCCCGUCAUAAAGAACAGCAUCAGGCUGCCGCAUCCGGUACAGAGCGACUGGCAAAUCGCCGUUAUUUGCCCCGAAGGAAGCGAUAUCGCGACUGCUGCCACCGCCGCCGGCGCUGUCGCUGUUGGAGAAGAGACUCUCUUUGAAGCUAUCCGCCAGGAAAAGAUUGAUUUUGAUCGUCUGAUCUGCCACGAGAACAGCGAAAAGGCGCUAAACAAGGCUGGCCUGGGAAAGAUCUUGGGUCCCAAGGGCCUCAUGCCUAGCAAGAGGAUGAAGACGAUUGUAAACGACGUGGUAAAGUCCAUUCGCGACUCGGCUGGUGCUGCGGAUUAUCGAGAGAGACAGGGCGUCAUUCGAAUGGCCAUUGGACAACUUGGCCACACGCCUGACCAGCUCAAGUCCAACAUCCAGGCGCUCCUGAAGAAGGUGAAAUCGGAAUGCGCCGAGAUUUCUGAGGAGGUUUCGAAGGAAGUGCAUGAGGUUAUUUUGAGCACAACAAAUGGCCCAGCGCUGAGCUUGAACGCCAAGCUGAAUGAUCCAGAGAGCGGAAUCACUGUUGAGUCACUGUCAGGCGUCAUGUAA